UGUCAUCGUCCGGUAAUAAAUGUCAGGAACGGACGGGGUCCACUGAAGGCAAUCGCAAACUUUCUUAUUCACUUGAGGGAUCGUUAAGUCCCUCCCGGUUGCAAUUGUUAUUGACGUGUCUCUGUCGUUUUAUCUUGCUGGCCUCAGGAAGUGUCACCUCGAAUAUCGCAUAGUCAGAGCGCGGCGUCCUCGUCUUCAAGCUUGAAGCGCAUAAUCUGUAAGCGACGCGAACCAGUCACAGAUCAUGGCGAAAAAGAAGGGCGGCAAAACGCCAACCUCGGGUCGUGCAAAGCACAAGCAGAAGGCCCAGAAGAGCAAUUCCUGGCAAUCUGGAGGCGGUGCUUCAAGAGCCAAUGGCUGGUCCGACGAUGAUGAUGAUAACAUCUACACCGGGUUCCGUGGCUUCACGCAAACAAAUACUCAAGCCACGUCCACGCCUAGCAGUAACCGUGUCGAGCUUAGGCACCGCACAAUCGCAUUUAUCAGCGCCGGCACCAGCACACCACCAAUAGAGCUCAAACAUCAGAUCGCCAAUGGCAGUAGCGAGGACUCCGAGGAUAUGGAUGAGGAUAAUGAGGAUAGCACAAUCAUCACGAACAUCAUUACGGACAUUGACGCGACAGUGCCCAAUCACAGCAUGGCCGAAAUGAUUCUUGAAGAUCGUGAAGUGAAAAUGGAUAUCGACAAGGAACAAUCACAUCAUACACGCAUCGCCAGCGUCAACAAUGCGGAAUCUGCUGAGACUUCGAUCCAUAUCGAGGCCCCUCUCUUCAUAGUGGACACCGCCGGAGACGAGACGCUCGUCAGACCUAGCAAGGUCAGGCACGAUGUCCCUCUCCGACGGUCUCCGUCUCCAGCUCGAUCGGACUCAAGUGAGGAACAGGUCGUCUUUCAUGGCCGAGGACGCACGAAGAUUGUGAACGACCCACUGCACGUCAGUAAUAAGACAGUCACAGCAGGUGCCUUCGAGGUCGCGGAUCGACUCGAGUCAAACACUGCAACGAGUAUCGCAUUUGGGGUUGGACCUGGAAAAUUAGCAAAAGAUGCAACAAAGGAAUCACAGGGCUUUACUCCUGCACCGUCCGGAUCGUGGUGGAGGAAUCAUGCUCCGGGAGAAAAACAACCUACCCUCGAGACUGCAAUGGCGACGUCGUCCAAACAGCCGACGCUGACACCUCAGCAGAAGCUCAAUCUUCCGGUCAGGGAAACAAAGAUGACUCGAGAUAAGGAUGCCGAGGAUGUAAUUUCAUCACUGCUACAAUGUGAGAAAAAUGCCACAAAUAAGAAUCACGAGCUUCAGGCCCAGGAAAAUGGUAAUGCUCGGACUUCCAAGAGGAGAGGUAAGAAGGGCCGAAAGAAGGGCAACCGAGCCUUAAGAACUGCUCUUGAUUCAGACGAAGACGAUGAUGGCGCAGAAGCAGCAUACGACGAUUAUAUGGCCAAUCUUGCCGCGCAAUUAGCACAGGAGGAACAGGAGGAACAACAGACAGGCGACAGCUCAGGUACGGUCUCGGGCAUGCUGGCAUUCGCACGCACAGCAGGUCUUGAAGGCCCUUCGCUCGUGGUCGACGGACGAAUCAUUCCAGACGAUGAAGUUCUUCCUCGCAAGCUAAAAAUGUCUAAAGAUGAUGACAAGAGCAAAGAUGCAAGCGAAGACAGCGCAUGGGUUAGUGAUGGCUCUGAUGUUCCGGAAAACUUCGACAGUGAGGACUCCGAUGAGGGUCAGUCAGAGUUGGAGGAUGAAAUUGAAUACAACCAGUCUCAGAUGUACGAUGACGAGGACGACCUGCGAAGACGUCGGAUCGAGCGCAUGGAGGAUGAAAAACUUGCCCGACUCUUUGCCAAACAAGCAGAAUGGGGUAUCGACGCAGACGAGUUGAUCAUUGAGGAUGGUGAUUUUGAUGAUGGCAUUGGCGACCUCGAAGCAGCACAGCUCGGUUUGGCUGACAUCGGCAAACUCACCUUCGGUAGUACACCCAGCAAGCGCUCCAGGCGUGGAGGCAAACGAGAACCUCAUCGUUUUGUCGAUGCCACUGCGCUCGCUGACAGCUUGGAUCAAUAUGGUAAUAACGGCUUUGACAUAAUGGAUUUUGACCGCCCUUCGCUUCGACCUCUUAAGAAGGGUCGCAAGGGCAAGAUCCCAGCCGCUCUGGAGGCAAUAUCGGACGACGAGCUCCUCGAGGUCACAAUGGCGUCGUGGGAUAAUGAUCGCGAAAAGAAGCGACUCAAAAAGCUUGAACGUGAAGAGCAGCGCAAGGAUGGCCUACUUGGCAAGGCCGCGCGAACAGGCCGCGAAGACCUUAAGGCGAAAUAUUCAACGGGCAUCACAAUCAAACAAUGUCUCGACGAGCUCUACGCUUUCCUCCUUGAGGUCGACCUCGAACAGCGCGCAUUUCCUCCGAUGGACAAGGCCGACCGCAAGGCUCUCCACGAGAUCUGUACGCGACUUCAUCUCAAUUCCAAGUCACAAGGAGCAGGCAAGCACCGCUUUCCCAUGAUCACCAAAACCCAACGCACCCCUUGUCCUGGCGACGCCGAAUUCGACGCCUUCGUCGAAAUCGCCCGCUCCGGCACCAUCGCCACCCACGGCCAGGUGUAUAAGCUCAAGAAUGCCCUCGCCCGUAAGGGCCGAGCUGCACGGACUGUUGGCGGCGGCCGGGGUGGCGGAGGUGGUAGUCACGCUCCCCGGAAUGGCGAAAUCGUCGGCGCAUCGGCGUCGAAGAUUGGCAGCGACAGCUUCGGUCAUCGUAUGAUGCAGAAGAUGGGAUGGCAGGAGGGUAAAGGUUUGGGCCAAUCGGGUGAGGGGUUGAUCAAUCCCGUUGAGCAGCGGAUGAGGUUUGGUACUGCUGGGUUGGGGUGAUCGCACUCUACAUUGGUUUUAGGCGUUGUUGCAUGAUGGGAAAUAGAAGGACUGUAUGAAUGCUGACGAGUGUUGUGCCAUUGGUUUCUUUGGUGCGAUCAAGCACUCUGUAGAAGGUCAUAUCUGUCUUGUUGGAAAAGCCCAAUUAUACUCGAGCGUGGC